AUGCCCCAACAACUGCCACGCCGGCGACAAAUGCUCCAUUUCCAGCCGAAAGCUAACAAAACUCAAGAGAAACAACGCAAGAAAGUAACAAGAAGAAGGAAAUACUUCCAACUCAAAAACGGUUCCUUCAGACCAUCAUCAUUCCUUGUCAUCCUGUGGAAUCUUUGCUUCUGUCCAGUCCUGCAGGAGUUUCUCCAAAUUUAAGUCCGCCUCUACUUAAGAUAACCCCCCUCCUUGGUGAAGACUUGGAAGUCAUGUCUACAGGACCCUUUCCACCUGCAAGAGAAGAGGAACGUUCUGUUUCAGCACCCAGUUUUAGGUCCAGUCAAAGGAAGAUGUUACACCUACUUUUGGAGAGAAACGCUUCUUUUACCGCCCGUUCAGACUUCCCUGGAUCUCCAGGAGACAAACUCCUUGACUUGCCAAACCUAAGCAUUUUGUCUGGAGGAACUCCAAAACGUUGCCUUGAUCUUUCGAAUCUUAGCAAUGGAGAGCUGUCUGCUUCUCAGCUUACUGCUUCUGCUGACUUUGAUGAAACCGGUUCCUCGGAUUCCUCAGGACCUCAGGAUGCACAGUUAACCGCCAAGAAUCAUCGCCAGGACCCUGUGAAAGGCACCCCAGUGCAGCUUCUGUGUAGUACUCCAAAUGCUUUGGACUAUGGCCACAGAAAAAAAGAUGCAAUGCGUGGCCUAUCUGCAAAUAAAGAAAAUAUAAACACCAAUCUGAAGACACUGGAGUGGGAGGCACCUAGGACCCCGAGAUUUCGAAACCUGCCUGGAGAGCCUCUGGCUUCUCCCCUUCCUGUGCUGGAAAAUAGAAUCUUGGUGGAAAAUGAAAUGAGAUAUCUGGGUAGUCCCAUUACUACAGUUCCAAAAUUGAGUCAAAAUCUAAAGCUAGAAGACCAAGAAGGGAUUUCAGAGGAGCCAAUGGAGUUUUCCCUGGAAGACCAAGACACCAAGAGUUUAAGUCUAAAGAAGAUGGCCUCUCUCUGUGACAUCAGUGCCAUUCAGAUUGAGGAGGAAGAGUCUGACCAAGGGUAUCUGAUUGGUGAUUUCUCCAAGGUGUGUGUGCUGCCGACGGUGUCAGGAAGACACCAGGACCUGAAAUACGUCACCCCAGACACAGUGGCUGAUUUACUGUCUGGAAAGUUCCAGGAUCUGAUCGAGAAGUUUUAUAUCAUCGAUUGCCGCUAUCCGUAUGAGUACCUGGGAGGACACAUCCUGGGAGCCUUGAACCUGUACAGUCAGAAAGAACUGCAUGAGUUCUUUCUGAAGAAGCCUAUUGUCCCUCUGGAUGGCCAGAAAAGAAUCAUCAUUGUGUUCCUUUGUGAAUUCUCCUCAGAGCGAGGCCCCCGAAUGUGCCGUUCUCUGAGAGAAAAAGACAGAGCUCUGAACCAGUACCCGGCAUUAUACUACCCCGAGCUGUAUAUCCUCAAAGGGGGCUACAGAGACUUUUUUCCAGAAUAUAUGGAGCUGUGUGAACCGCAGAGCUACUGUCCUAUGCACCACCAGGACCACCAGGCUGAGCUGCUCAGAUGGCGAAGCCAGAGCAAAGCACAGGAAGGGGAGCGGCAGCUUUGGGAGCAGAUUGCCGUCCUGGCGAAGGAUGUGAGGCCAUGAUAGUGGGUAUGACAGUGGCCGUGAAGUCACUGGAAGACAAUGGAAAUGCCGAAUAGAAAGAGUCAUCUAUGCCGCUAGCCCUAUGGUUGUUAA